UGCAAUUUACUGUUGGUGCCUAGUGUUUGUUGAAUCGAGGACCAGCCUAGCUAAAUUCAGUUAUCAUCAUCACCAAUGAAUUUUUCUCAAUUCACAACAAUUCCAGAAGAGUUGAAAUCUACAUUGUUGCAGGGAAUACCUGCAAUGAGGAAAUUACAUGCUUAAAUUACCCAAGUGUAUCUGUCCUAUCUCCCUUGUGACAGAUUACAUGUUAGUAUUAUUAUUCUCACCCGCUUCUAUGGCUAGCUUAUUAUCAUAAUAAAGGUGAGUCUAAUGACAUACCACAUCUUUUAUCUCAAUGUAUCUGCCUAGCAUGCUCUUUUACAAUAGGCACUCAAAAUAUUUGUUCAGUUGAUACCUUUAGUCAUGUUCUGAGGUUACUGUGGAAAAAAAGAAAUAACAAUGUAGCAAGCAAAUGAACUGGCCUUUUAGGAAAUUGGUUGGUCAGCUCUCUGGUUCCUGAACUGUUAUGCCAAACUGAACAAGCCACUCUGUUUUAUCUUGUUUCCAGUCGUGCAUUGAAGCUUUCAUAUAAAUCACAUUGAAUGCUAGAGCAACCCUUUCAGUAGCUGUGCUGAGAAAAAUUCAAGUGCUCAUUUUACUGUUUCAGAAGAUAAAGUUGCAGGGUCCAUGCUACCUCUUUUCCUGAUAGUAAUCAGCACUUGGUAAAGGAAAGCCUGCCUGUCAACCUCUUCUGAGCUACAGAGAAAUUACUGGGCACCUUCCAUCUCUGAUCUACAAUGAGUGCCAAAUCUACAAUCAGCAAAGAAAUUUUUGCACCCCUUGAUGAGCGAAUGCUGGGAGCUGUCCAAGUCAAGAGGAGGACAAAGAAAAAGAUUCCUUUCCUGGCAACUGGGGGUCAGGGUGAAUAUCUAACCUACAUCUGCCUAUCAGUGACAAACAAAAAGCCCACACAAGCAUCUAUCACAAAGGUCAAACAGUUUGAAGGCUCUACAUCCUUUGUACGACGGUCUCAAUGGAUGCUUGACCAGCUUCGCCAGGUUAAUGGUAUUGAUCCUAACCGGGAUUCUGCAGAAUUUGAUUUGCUAUUUGAAAAUGCUUUUGACCAAUGGGUGGCCAGCACAGCUUCAGAAAAAUGUACCUUUUUCCAGAUUCUCCAUCACACUUGUCAGCGAUACCUCACAGACAAGAAGCCAGAAUUUAUUAAUUGUCAGUCCAAGAUUAUGGGAGGAAACAGCAUACUUCAUUCAGCAGCAGACAGUGUAACAAGUGCAGUACAGAAGGCCAGCCAGGCCUUGAAUGAACGUGGGGAAAGAUUAGGUCGAGCAGAAGAAAAGACAGAAGAUAUGAAGAACAGUGCCCAGCAGUUUGCUGAAACUGCCCACAAGCUUGCCAUGAAGCAUAAAUGCUGAAGUACUCACUGCCUAUCCUGAUGACCCUCCCAAGAGAAAUGGAAAAGAUUGGUUCAGCAAUUUUUACAAGAAUUCCAAAAUUCCACCUGCUUCUUGUUACCAAUUCACUGGAAAUUGGUUUAUGUUCUUUUCAGACGUUAGUACUGGGGGGAGGGUAAAGUUAUUGUGUUUUUACAUUUCUGUAGUGACCUUCUUAAGAAAUGCUGCACUAUCUUCAAUUGGGGGGGAUUUUUGUUUGGUCUUUUUUCUCCAAAACGUUUUAGAUGUUUUAUUUGGUUUAUAAGUAAGAAAAUAAGAAAAUUGGACCAAAUAACCUGAACAGGGUAAAAACUGGCAAAAAUCUGUUUGUUUCCUUGAUACGAAACAGGAAGGCAUUUUAAUUUGGCUACAUCUAAUGUUAUUGUUUCUGUAAGAAAAUAAAAUUCAAAGAGUGAUUAAUUUCUUUCCUCGUUUCUGUAACUAGUGUUAGUAGAUUCUGAAAGCUAGAAUUCUGUAUCCUGGGACAUUAGAAGUCUCUAUUAUGGAAAACAAUUGGAUUUAUCAAGGGAAACAGCCGUCUUAAAUUUUACUCUCUGCCUAGCUACCUUUUGCAUGAGCCAUCACCAGCAUUCCAAAAAGCAAAACAGAGUUGCAGAUAAGAAUCUGCUUUCUGUGUUUCAGGUUCAAUGUUCUGCUACUUAUUUCCAGAAUUAUCAUAUUUUACUUUACUGUGAAAAAAUAUAAAUGUGAAGUUAAAGACUUGAGAAAAUGUUUUCUUUAUAAUUAAGUAGUCACCCUGUACUAAGUAGAGGGAAAGUAGUUAGGAUAACACAUGAUUCCUUUGCCCUCCAGUAGAUGGCAGGGAAAAUUGAGCUGAAAACUUUGACUAACCCAUCUAGGAGUUGCCUAAAUCAGGGGGAUUAAAUGACUUGCUCUUGGUCUCUCAAUAAAUAUCAAAUAGAAAAGAUUUGAAACCAAGUUUUUCCUGACUCCUCAAACCAAUUCUCCAUCCUCUGCCCUAUUACAGUUUAGUGAGAGAGAUUAGAACAUGAAUUAGCACAGACAUGGCACUGUGUGAUAAGCCAUAAGAGUAAAACAGCCAAAGGACUAUUUCUGAGGUGAGAAAGAUCACUUUGUGAAAAGUUUUACCACUUCUUCACCUUCUAAAGAAAACCUUAGUAGUUAGGAUAAUUUCUAAAUUAUGUGUUAUAAAAGGACUUUUAGUUUAGUAUUUUUCUAGGUAAGCUUUUAGAUUGUAGCAAAAUUAUUCCUUAGAAAUUAGAUCUCAAGUUGCAGCUGUAUAGUACAGUAGAUAAUGUACCAAGACUGGAAUUGGAGGGACCUGGGUUCAAAUUUGGGCUUGGAUACUUCCUAGCUGGGUGACUAGUGACACUUCUUAGUGUAUCACUAGCUGGGCAAGUGACAACCUUAAUUGGCUAGCCCUUACUACUCUUCUGUCUAGGACUGAUACUAAGACAGAAAGUAUGGAAGGAAGGAAGGAAGGAAGGAAGGAAGGAAGGAAGGAAGGAAGGAAGGAAGGAAGGAAGGAAGGAAGGAAGGAAGGAAGGAAGGAAGGAAGGAAGGAAGGAAGGAAGGAGGGAAGGAAGGAGGGAAGGAAGGAGGGACGGAAGGAGGGACGGAAGGAGGGACGGAAGGAGGGAGGGAAGGAGGGAAGGAGGGAAGGAGGGAGGGAAGGAGGGAAGGAGGGAAGGAAGGAAGGAAGGAAGGAAGGAAGGAAGGAAGGAAGGAAGGAAGGAAGGAAGGAAGGAAGGAAGGAAGGAAGGAAGGAAGGAAGGAAGGAAGGAAGGAAUUAGGUUUUUCAGUCUUUUAACUAUGGGCUCUUGUAAUAGUUCUGAUGGUGUCUGUCCCAUAUCUCAGAGGCAGCAUUUUUCCUACUUAUUGUGACAGGAACUUGGAGUACCUGUACCAUAGAGAACUUGGCCUCUAAGAACUGUAAAAAGUCUUCAAAGCCCAGAGACCACAUAGUGGUGAUAGUAUAAAGAGGAAAUCUUGAGAAGAUAUUAAUUUCACAGGAAAGGUCCCUUCCCAGUUGUAAUCAUUUGAAAGUUAGUGACCAUUUCUCUUUUUUGGUCAGAGUCUCAGAUAUGGUUUUAUUUUGUCCUGGAUCUGUUAAUUUCAUUAAUAUAUGAAGCUCCCUGUAUGAAAAGUUUCUCAGCUGAAGCAAAGAGCCCUCUGCUUUGCUCUUUCCAGUCUUAGUGUCUGAGAGGCUGAAAUGUUAGGUGACUAGUCUGGGGUCACAUAGCCAAUUUUAGUAAGAGGUAGAAUGUAAACCUUGAUUGGAAGAACUUGGUCUUCCUGGUUUCCAAGCUUCACUUUAUAUCCACUAUGAGAGGCUGCCUCUUAGAUAUGGUAGUUGAGGCAGCUAGGUGGCUCAUUGGACAGAGACUGACCUAGAGACAGGACAUCUGGCCUUAAACAUUUCCUAGCUGUGUGACUCUGGGCAAAUCAUUUAACCCCAAUUGCCUAGCCCUUAUCACUCUUCAGCCUUAGAACCAAUACUUCUUGUGGAUUCUAAGGCAAAAAAGUUAAGGGAUUUUAUUAACUUUUUUUUAAUGUGGUUGUCAUUCCAAGAAAAGGCUUGAAUUUGAUCAAAAUUCAACUGGUCCAGAUAAAAUCUGGGUAAAUGAAAAUUAGGGAAAAAAGAGUUACAUUUUCAACAUUUUUUCCUCUCUCAAUGAAACUGUGCAUUUUAUUGAGACUAUUACCUUUGAACAUUCUUUUUAGACAUCCAUAUUGAUAUUUUCACUUUUUUGCUAUUUAUUUCAUGCAAUUUAAAUUAUAGGGAUUUUGCAAGCCUCUCAUCAUGAUCAUUACAACUUUCCUUAUAUCUUUCCUUAGGGUGGUAUCAGGUCAUGUAGGCAUGAAACCUUUCCCAACUCUUUCAGAUUAGAAUGGAUUUUAUUCACCCUCCUUAAAGCUUAGACUCUGGAGGUAGUAAAAAUGGUUCUUUUUCACCAAGAGUUAAAAUGCUAAAUAUGGGAAUGAUGCCUGUUCUUCUCCAUGAGAACAUGCUGCCCAGCAUAUCUCAGGCCUGUUUGCCUUCUUAGACUCUCAUUGCAGUGCAUUGAUUUUUAAAAUGCCUGAUUGCACUAAACCUGCCUCCUUCCUAUUGAGCCUAGGGUUGGUAUAGUCCAAGGAUGAUCAGUGUAGCAUCCAAGUAACCUUUCAUGUUGCAGAAUAAGAAGAUACUGCAUUAUUAAUGCCCAUUUAAGCAGCUGAUGUGUCUUGAUAAAGCAGUGCCAGAGACAGAAAAUUGUAGUUAUUGGAAAAGAGAUCUCUUUGGCAAAGUUGGUAUGUCAGAAAGGAGACAGAAUCUAUUGGAGAUGCAUUUUUGAAUCCUCUUAGUGAGACAACCCAUUUAAAGAUAUCUCCCGGUAAAAAGUUAGCUAUUUUUAACAGCAUUUUGUAUUAUUUUCCUUUGGGGACUUGGGAACUUAGAGAAGUGAAGAACCUGACAUCCAGCAAGUGCAGCUGGAGGUCUUUUAAAGUUGUUAGACAUAGAUGCCACAUGUUCUGGCACAUAGUUUUGGAAACUUUACUGUAUAGAGUAUUAUCAGAAUUAUUAGAGUCUUGAAAAAUAUUUUGCCUGUUCAGCCUUAUUAGGAAUGGACACAAUAGGUCUUUCUGCUUACCUGUUGUUGUUGUUGUUCUGCAAUUGUAUUCUAUCUAGGAAAAUGUUUUUAAAAAGAAACCACAAUGAGGUGUGCAAAAAGGGAGAAGGAGAGAGAGGAGGGGAGAAAGGAGACUGUCUAUAGAGAACCUUCCCAAUGAUUUCAUUCUGCAAGUUCUAUUAAGUGCCUACUAUGUGUGUCAGGCACUGUCCUAGGUGCUGGAGAGACAGAAAUGAAAUGGUUUGUAGUGUCAUCAAAUAUGUUCCUGAGGGAGGAAAGGAUAGACAGUUAUACACAUACAUAUGUAUCUGUAUGCAUAUGUGUGUGUCUAUUAAUAUGUAUUUGCAAAUUGGAUUCUGGCCACCUCAUAGCCACUCAGUUGGCAUAUAACAAUGAAGGGGGGGGGGGGAGGCAAAUAUAAAGUCCCACGUCGAUGAAACUUUAGGGGAAUCUGUUGCUGAUGCCAAGAGCCAGACAAUAGUGUGUGUUAUUUGGUGAAGCCACCUCAGAAAGAUCUGAGAUGUUAUGGUUAUAUAACACAUUCCGAUAUUCCUUCCAGAUUGAAUAAGAAGUUAGUCUUCUUAAAUGAAAGUCUAAGAGGCCUUCCCGCCAUCCCCCUGUUAAUGGUUUUGAAUGGGAACUCCCUGUUGAAAGUGGAUUUGUUUAGAAAGAAAGAAAGCCUAGUCCAACCUUUUUUCUGACUUCUAACACCAAUUUGCUUAAUGACUGUUCCCAUGUCUUAUGUAUGUCACCACUGCUAUUAGGAUAGCGAUCCCUGCUCUACUUCCCAUGGCUGUUAUGAAGAAACACAGAAGAAUAUGUGAAAUUCUUUGAGAACUUCUAGAGAAGAUCCAAAAGUAUUCAUGUAUUAACUAUAAUCUAGGGCCAGCAGCUUAAAGAGAUUUGAAUGGUUUGGGACCAAUUCAAUUCACUGAGCUGAAGAGAUUUUUAACUUGUGUUUGUUUCAUUUCUGCUACUCUAUACAUUUAUGGAUGUUGUAUUUCUGAUAAAAAUCUUAAACUGUACCAACAACCAAACAAUCCUAAAAGAAACUUCUAGUGUGAUAGAUUCUUCCUGGAACUUAGCUGUAGCCUCUUUCACUAGUAUUAUUAGAUGUUCAUGUACAGAAAGUAUACAGUUAUUCAGGUUGAUGUUUCAUAUUAAAGAAUGUAUUUGUAAAAUGUAACAAGAUCAGUAGUUAUCUUUUUUAAGCUCUGCAAAGAAUAAAAGAAGACUAUGUGUUAGAUUUUAAAACUACAGUGAAAUUUGUCUUAACACUACUUUUGUGGCUAGCAAAGGUCACUCAUUCAUGUGAAAUUAUUAGCAGAAUGACCUAAAAAAGUAAUCUUAAAGGUAGGUUUUGCUCUAAUUUGCCAAACUUUAACAUUGCCAAUAUCUGUUGUACAGUAAUUAAUUCCUCAAGAAAUUCUUCAGGAUGUCAAACAUAAUUUUGUUUUCUUUAGACACAAGCUUAAAUCUGAUCUGUGGAUUCAUUAUUGCAAACACCAGUUUUGUCAUUAAAUAUUUUAACUCUGUGA